AUGAUUAAUAAAAUAACUGAGUAAUCUAACAAUAUUGGUCCUAGAUAAACUAGAAGUCUAACAAAGGCUUCUCCAACAUCUAAACGAAAUAGAGAAACUGAACUUAUUUAUUUGAGUAAAGUGACUGCAUUUAGUCAGUUGAAAAAUUAUUAAAUUGAUUACAUUUAUAGAUCAAUAAAAAGUGUAGAAUUUACAAGAGGACAUUUAAUAUUUUAAGAAGGAUAGAAAUGUGAUGCUGUUUAUGUAAUUAAAUAAGGUGAAAUAGAAAUAUUUAAAAAGGAACCAAUUAAUCAAUAAAUUGAAUAAUAUUACUAAUUAAAUAAAAAAAAGUUUGUUCAUUAAAUGAUCAAAGUAUUAGGUGAAUAAACUGCCUUUGGAGUAGGAGAUAUUGUUAAUGGAAUUUAUACUAUUAAUGCAAGAGUAAGUUCUCAUUUUGCAGAAUUAUAUAUGAUUAAAAUAUAAGAUUAUAAACGUAUACUUGAUAUGGAACCAUAAAUCAAAUUAUAAUAAUAGGAAAAUGAAAAUAUGGACAAUCUUGAAGUUAUAACCAAAUAUUAAUUGCCAUCUCUCUAUGAUUCUGUUAAAGCAUCUUAAGCAUAGAAAUAAGAGAUUUAAUAUCUAAAGAAAGUAAGGAAAGGCAUAACUUACCUUGUACCAUAAUCUUAAGGAACAGAUAUAAUGAAGAAUUCUCACAUUGAUUAAAGUUUAGAAGAAAUCUAUAAGUAUAGUCAUCAAUCUAUUUAAGAAAGUCUGUAAUAUUACAUUAGAAGAUGUUACCUAAUUACUAAUAAGUUGAUUUAGAAAACCCAUUGAUUUAAGGUUAAGAAAUAAUAAAUGAUAGAUUGUUGUUAAAUAAAAUUAUUUAGAAAGAAUAUACUAUUAAAUUUACAAAAGAAUCACCUACAACAAAUAGAUAGAUGUAAUAGAGUGUUAUAUCAACAUCAAAUAGUCCUAUGAGCAAGAAACUAUAAUUAAUAUUUCAAAAAGAUAAAAAAGUUAAAUAAAAUUAUUCAAUAAAUGAGGUAUCACAUAGAGAAAAAAUGAAAAUAAUAUAAGAUACAUCCCCACAUUCUAGUUCAUUUCGUUCUGCAAGACUUGAUACUGGUAGAUCUACAUUUCAUGCAACUCCAAUAUUUGAUUAACAUGAUCCAAUAAGACUAAAGUAAUUUAUACCAACAGAACUUUUUCCAAUUUAUUGUCAUUUAUUCAAACCAGACAAUCAAGAAAUAAGUUGA